AAAACAAUAUGGUUGACGAAGGCAGAAGUGAGCGAGUGUGAACCUGCCAGAAGCAUUGUCCGGAAAAACCCUGUCUGUUCAAGAUGAGCACUCUAUCAAUGUUCACUGAUGGGAAGCAAUUUGGUGUAUCCCGACAGUAUUAUUCAGGGUUGAAAUCUAGAGACCAUGUGAGUGAAAAUGUCCGAAGGAUGCGACAAAUCCAGAGGAAAUGUAAGGAAAGGGAAGCUGCGAGUAAUCAACCAGUGCGACCUAUGUGGAAAUCUGAGAAGUACAAGGAUGUCUCAUCAAAGAUUAAGACAGACAUUAUUGAGAAGGAACCACUUCCUCCUCGACCUUGUUCUGCUGAUUUUUUGAGAGCUCACUCAAGAUCUGGACCACCAGUAAAAGGAGUUCGCAGCCACACACCAGUUAUCUCCCCUCCAGAAGACAAGCUCACUGUUCCCAGAGCACAGUCUGCAGCUGAUGUAAGGCUGACCAGGAAUAACAUCAAUUUUGUGAAGUUAAAUGGUAUUUGUGCCAAGCAUGCUAAAAUCCCUCGAUGUCCCAGUGUAAAUGCCUUGGAUGAGCUGAGAGAAAAGAAUGAGAGUGAGAUGCAGAACUACCACCGUGGGGAGGUGCCCAAAUACUUGAGGAGUCGUCAGAAGAAGUGGAAACAGGAGGAGGAGGAGAGGAUAGCUAACACACCUGACCCAGCCCUGCCCCCUGGCCAUAAAGUUCUACCUGAGGAGGAGCGCAAACAGACUCUUGCCCUCCUUAAACAAAAUGAAAAUGAACUGUUACGUCAACUGAGAGCAUUGCCGCUGUGCAUGGAUACAGUGCGCGUGAGGAAUAAGAGGCUGGAACUGGAGGGCAAAUUAGCAGAAGUGGAAGAAGCUGUUAAAAUUUUUGCACGACCCAAGGUUUUUGUCAAAGUAGAUUAAUGACAUGAUACCUGAAAAACAAUGGCUGCUGCGAGAAAUGAGCUAGCACCAUUGUAGUGAGAAAAUACCAGAUGUACAGAAUUUAGGAUGCUCCUUCAGUAAAUAAGCAGUGGGUGGUUUAACUGGAGAAUAGAAUGUGGACCGCCUUUUUUAGCCAACUGGAUAGGUUUGUUAGUUACUCCCAGAUCAUGAGAGGUUCAAGAAGACAAGCUUUUUGUCUUUCUGCGUGCUAAUAGACAGUGAUGUGAACCUCAUGGAUCUCAACCUGAAUCUUCAGUAUCUGUCAGUAAGCUGCAUAUAAUGAGAGGCUAAAGUGGAGAAGGAACCUGAGCCACAGCUGGUCCCAUUACCUUCUGGAAACCAGGCACUCAUCAUAAGAGCAUGAAGUGGACCAGGGACAUGUGCCACAGGUGGUCUCGUUACCUUCUGGAAACCAGCACUCGUCAUCAGAGCAUGAAGUGGACAAGGGACAUGUGCCACAGGUGGUCUCGUUACCUUCUGGAAACCAGCACUCGUCAUCAGAGCAUGAAGUGGACAAGGGACAUGUGCCACAGGUGGCCCCGUUACCUUCUGGAAACCAGGCACUCAUCAUCAGAGUAUGAAGUGGACCAGGGACAUAUGCCACAGCUGGCCCCGUUACCUUCUGGAAACCAGGCACUCAUCAUCAGAGUAUGAAGUGGACCAGGGACAUAUGCCACAGCUGGCCCCGUUACCUUCUGGAAACCAGCACUCAUCAUAAGAGCAUGAAGUGGACUAAGGACAUAUGCCACAGCUGGCCCCGUUACCUUCUGGAAACCAGCACUCAUCAUCAGAGCAUGAAGUGAACCAGGGACAUAUGCCACGGCUGGCCCCGUUACCUUCUGGAAACCAGGCACUCAUCAUCAGAGCAUGAAGUGAACCAGGGACAUAUGCCACGGCUGGCCCCGUUACCUUCUGGAAACCAGGCACUCAUCAUCAGAGUAUGAAGUGAACCAGGGACAUAUGCCACAGCUGGCCCCGUUACCUUCUGGAAACCAGGCACUCAUCAUCAGAGUAUGAAGUGGACCAGGGACAUGUGCUACAGCUGGUGUCAUUAUCUUCUGUAAAUCAGGCAUGUGGUCAAACCUUGGAGUGGACAUGGAACCUGAGCCGUAGCUGGUGUCAUUACCUUCUGUAAAUCUGACAUAUCAAACCAUUUAGUGGACAAGGCCUCAACUGGUGUCAUUACUUUCUGUAAAUCCGGCACAUGAUCACACAAUUUUGUGGACAAGGGACCUGAGCCGUAGCUGGUGUCAUUACCUUUUUUAAAUCUGACACAUGAUCACACCAUUUAGUGGACAAGGGACCUGAGCCGCAGCUGGUGUCAUUGCCUUCUGUAAAUCUGACAUAUCAUCAAACCAUUUAGUGGACAAGGGACCUGAGCCUCAACUGGUGUCAUUACUUUCUGUAAAUCCGGCACAUGAUCACACCAUUUAGUGGACAAGGGACCUGAGCCGCAGCUGAUGUCAUUGCCUUCUGUAAAUCUGACAUAUCAUCAAACCAUUUAGUGGACAAGGGACUUGAGCCUCAACUGGUGUCGUUAUCUUCUGUAAAUCCGGCACAUGAUCACACCAUUUAGUGGACAAGGGACCUGAGCGCAGCUGGUGUCAUUGCCUUCUGUAAAUCUGACAUAUCAUCAAACCAUUUAGUGGACAAGGGACCUGAGCCUCAACUGGUGUCAUUACUUUCUGUAAAUCCGGCUCAUCAUCAAACCAUUUAGGGGACAAGGGUCCCGAGCUAGUAGCUUUCUGUAAAUCAAGUUAAAACAGCUCUCCAUGGAUCACUUACAUACACAUUGCACGUGCGUAUUUUCCAUGAUAGGUAUAAUUACAACAGGCUGAAAUAACUGUCCUUGGCUCACUGGAAGGUGCAUACUUUCCAUAGAUUUGACCGUGCCUAUAUUUGUAAGUAUUGUCUUCAGUUAUAGGGUGUAACUGAGAUGUUCCUUUUCUUUGAUCUGCACUCAUGAAAGUGUGUAAAAAUCUCAUCAGCCUGUUAUUUUACAUGUAUGUUUACUUGUAUCGUGUCUCUCCUUUCGUCUCAAAUCUCCAUGUUGUAGUAUUUUUCUCUGAACACGUAUUUAAAAUAUUGUCAAUGGUAAUGGGUUUGCUUUUUUUCAAUCUCUACUACAGUGUUGGUUGAGUGAUAAGGUCCAGAUGUAAAUGGCUUAACAUGGGCAAAGGUUGUGUUCUCUGUAUAUCUCCUUCCUGUUCAAGUGCAGCCCUUUUCUUGAUAAUACUUAAAAAUAAGAUAUUGAUCUUGGGUUUCUGAAGCUGUGACUUCAGAGUCAGCAAGUAUCCGUCCAGACACUUGUUCUGUCCACUGAUUACAAGUGUAGAUAUGAGAUGUUUUUGUGAGGAUAUGUAGUCUAGAUGGGGAUUUUGUUGUGAACUGCUACAGCUAAUUAAAUUCUUACCUAUGUGUAUUAUAUCCUUAAUUGUUGCAUAUGAGUUAUGUAAGCAUGUGUAUGUAAGGGACAUUACUCUUUUUAUGUCUGUGCGCCUUAAAUGGCAAGGUCACAAGUGCUAGAAGAUUUUCUGCGCAUCAUAAGUAAAGAGGUGUGGUCAGAGGUGAUGCUAGCUUAGCUGUGAAAACUUUCCAGGCUUCAUUUUCUCCCUGUAGCUGGUUGUAUGUAUAUACUUGUAUCGAUACAAGAAAUAGGAUGGGGCCAUACAUUCAGGACUUUUGAAUUAUUAAAUAUAAAUGUGUA